GCGACACAGAGCUCUCGAGAGAGAAGGAAACAACGCGCACCCACCCACCAUCCUUCUCUCAACCAAAGGAAAAUGGGACCUCCUGCGCACCUGAAGCCGAACCACAAGGGCAAAGCCGUGCUCGCCGGAGGUAUCUCUGGUGUGGUGGAGAUCUGCAUGACGUACCCGCUCGAGUAUGUCAAGACCACCCGCCAGCUUAGCAAGGACCCGAAUGUGACGUACGGGUCCGUGAUGAGAAAUACGGUAAAAAACACGGGAUUUACCGGGUUCUACCGCGGUCUUUCUUCGAUGGUCUACUUUGCCGCGCCCAAGGCCGCCAUCCGUUUCGGCGCCUUCGAGUUCUGCUCCGGGCUGCUGAGCACUCCGGACGGGGCAGACAAGUACGGCCUGGGAGCGGCCAAGGGUUUCGUAGCCGGACUGGGAGCCGGUGCCGCCGAGGCGACGUUAGUAACCACGGCCCAGGAGACGAUUAAGAUCAAGCUGAUCGACGACCAGUUCAGUAGGGAGAAGCCGCUCUACAGGAACUUCUUCCACGGAGUCAAGACCAUCGUCGCGGAGUCUGGGUUUUCGGGCAUCUACAAGGGAUGGUUGCCGACGGUGCUCAAGGUUUCCACCGCUCAGGCCACCCGCUUCGGAGUGUUCCAGGUGCUCAAGUCUUCCCCCUACUACGGGAAGGACUCUCCCGUAAAGUCGGCCGCGGCUGGGGCUACGGCCGGUGCGGUAUCGGUGUUCGCUUUCCAGGGUAUUGACGUGGUGAAGAGCCGGAUGCAGGGGCUGGAGUCCGCCCAGUACAGGUCGACUCUUCACUGCGCGAGUGAGAUGCUCAAGAACGAGGGCAUCACGUCCUUCUACCGCGGCAUGGCGCCCCGACUGACUAGGGUCAUGUGCGAGGUGGCAAUCACCAUGUCGCUCUACGGCGAGGUGGUCAAGCUCCUCAACAGCGUGUGGAUCACCGACUAGUUCCACCGGACGGGGGGGGGUUCCGUGGUGUCAUUUUUCUUUUUUUUUCUCUCUCUCCUUUUUUUUGCAAGUGGGAGGAAAACCGAGUAGCGGGUGUAGGUGGUUAGGGGUAGACAGGUUUGGAGACUGGUGGAGUCAUAGCAUUAUAUUUAUGGCCCGUUAUCCCCGACUCGCUCUAUCCCUCUUUUUGCUAGGGGAGCGGGGGGGUGGGGCUCUUACGCAGCGGGUAGGGUUCAAUUUUGCCAGUUUUGAGGGAUGUUCGUUUAGACAAUACCUACGUUCGGAUACAGUUGAGGUGUGCACACGUGUCAAGACUUUUUUUUUUCGAAGACGUGCAUAGCGCACACAAGACACAUCAACAACAAGAACGGGGUCAGUAUUCUACGAGACCCUACUCUACCAGAAGUGCUUUAGAUGCCGCCACCGAAGCAACAACAGAAAGACAACGGAGGAACAAAUAGAAUGUUGAUAUAUGGAUGGCCCCAUGACCCGCCGCAGAUUUUGAGAUGCACACAAUCUAUCCAACGCCACGCAUUUUCCUGUUGUACUGUGUGCUCUCUUCUCUUGUUCCACCCGCUACUGCUGUAUUCUGCUGCACGUACAGUCCUUCUAUUCAUAUGCGCAAUAAGAAUCCACCCAGCUCUCGUCUACAAUGUAUUGCACUUGCAGUCGCACUGACUGAGCGCGUACAGUGAAGUGUAAGACCAACCAAAAAUGUGCCAUGGUGCCUGCCUGUGUUAACAUGACUUUCGUCCCGGUCCCACUUGCUGAUGGCUGAAUUCGUGAAUUCCCUGGGUCCUGUGUUCGUUCCCAAAACAUGGAUCCACCAUGUAUAUCCCAAGAAACACUAAGGGCGGGUUCCGCGGUAUAAACGAUUUUUUUUUUGGGGGGGGGGGGACGGAUGGUCACCAUCCCCCCGAACCCUUGAAAAUUUAACACAAUGAUCCUACAUCAUACAUAGGAUGAUAUGCAAAAUUUAAAAAACAAACUCGAUGGUAGUAGCCGGGUUUCAAUGGACUUUGCUCAUUUUCGAUCGCCCAUUUGCGAAAACGCAUAGAUCGGGGAUGGUGCCAAAUACCCCCGGUUUUGAAAAAUUGUCAGAUCGAUCUGAAAAAUUCAGGGUUUCGUCAAUAUUGAGGCGGGGAUCACGAAUCCGUCGUUGAAUUUAUUUUUCUCGCAUUCUGAACAAAGUUAUCAUGGGUGUUGUACGUUACACUUUUCUCGCCGCCGUCGAUUGAAACACGACAGAAAAACUGCAAGUUUACAAGUCGCAACACGCACAAUCUUCACCAAACCACGCGCUUAUCUUCACAAACAUACAGCAAAAAUGCAAACCAAGAUUUGAACGCACCAUCACCCAGCCCCUUAAUCAAUAUCUACUUGCUGCUACCGCAGAAUGAGACCCCAAACUGUGUACCGGUAACCCUGUCCAUCUGACAGGUGUUCGUCCCCUUCCGGAAAACAAUUUUCUUCGCCUCCUUUUUGCUCCCGACCACAGAAUCCACCCCAACCACAGGAUCUACACCAGUGACCAUGAUGACUGUCUCCUGUACUACCUGCUCUUCGAGCUUCGUGCCGCAGGCCGGGUACUUGCUCCUGGUAUAGCACCGCUCGUACUCAUGCACGCGACAGGCAAGAGCAAAAACAAGAGGCCGAAUCGGUGUGCAGUUUGUGCCGGAGAACCACCUUCUCGACACAAACCGUCUCUUUCGCCAGAGUCGGACCUUCCUCCCCCCUCUCUUCCCCGCCAUUCUCUUCCUCCCCCUCCCCCUCGUCGUGCUCGUCGUCCUCGUCGUCCUCCUCAUUCGCGGAACUAUCUUCCUCUUCGGACUCCUCCGACGACUCUUCCUCGCUGCUCGCUCUAGCCCCCCCGCCCCCGCCCUUCAAGUUCCCGCCAAGGAGGGCGAUAUGCCUCACACUUACAGCGGUCGUCCUCCUGCUCCUCCUGAUGCCGUCAGAGCCGCCCCCCGCCUCUGCCGCCCGCCCCUCCUCUUCUUCCUCGCCACGGAGGGCGCCUUGCCUCCUUGAACGCUUCCCCUCACCCUUCCUGCGUGUGGAUCUUGCACGCGCACUGGUCUGUCUUCGGGGAAGUCAAGCACCUGCAACGCGUCGAGAGGAACAGAGUGCGGCCGGGGUCCGCCAGGACCUCGCCGUUCUCCUCCUUCCUGACCCUCUUGAAGUUGAUCCAACCUGGCCACACCAAGAACUUUUCGUAGACUGCCUCACCCUGUCCCUCCACGAUGAGCUGCCGACGAGGGUGUCCUUUCGCACUGGGCGACUUGGAUUCCCGCCAGAUGUCCUUUGAGUUCCCCGAUGCACCAGAUACCUCGUCGGUGUGCCAGAAUGUUCCCAUGAGCUCCAGCAUUUCUGGGGGGGUUGCGUCGCUCCUCUU